UGUCAUGGCAGCGAUCUUGAUGUGAUAUGCCGAGAAUUCAAGAGCUAUGACAUUUGUUCUUUCACACGUAAGAUCUCUAUGAAGUGCAUUCAAGAGUUCAAAUUACAUCGAAAAUUACGCACACCAGUUAAAUAAUCAACAGUAAAGCAAUUAAACUAAUGAAUUGAGUAUAUCAUUGAAUAAAUAAAUUGACGAGACUGCAACGUAGUAGAAACAAUGGCGUGUGUUACCAUGAUUUAUCUCCUGUGUCUUUUAUGCAUUACAAAGUUUGCAGUGAGUUUCUAUUUGCCAGGAUUGGCACCUGUCAAUUUUUGCAAAGCUGGUGAUGACACUGGCACGUGUAAAUCGGACAUCAAACUGUAUGUCAACAGAUUGAACACAGAGGAGUCGGUGAUUCCUUACGAAUAUCACUACUUCGACUUCUGCAAAGGUGAUGAGACCCAAUCUCCAGUGGAAAAUCUUGGCCAAGUGGUCUUUGGCGAACGGAUUCGGCCCUCCCCCUACGUCCUAUCAUUCCUGAAGAACACAACAUGUGAAAACCUCUGCACCAAAACCUACGUCGGUGGUGAUGAACAGGCCGAGAGAAAAUUGGAGCGACUGAAAAAGGGAAUGGCCUUGAAUUAUCAGCACCACUGGAUUGUCGACAAUAUGCCAGUGACAUGGUGCUAUCGCUCCGACGAGGACAGACAGUACAGGAGCACGAGAUUUCCCAUGGGAUGUUUCUCGCGUGAAAGCCGAUCUGUCCAGGACACUUGCAGCCUGAAUCCAGCAUACAGCAAGCCCAAUAAAUACUACCUGUUCAAUCACGUUGACUUGAAGGUCACUUAUCACUCUGGAGGCAGUGAGGAAUGGGGCAGUGCUUUUGGAGAAAAGGGAGGGAGAAUUAUCUCGGUUGAGGUGUCACCGAGGAGCAUUAAGCAUGAUGAUACUCGUGCACUUGAUUGCACGUCCAAGGAACCCCUGGAGAUACCUUAUGAGAAGCUCAAGGCUGGAGAAAAACUUGAUAUAACUUACAGUUACUCUGUUAAGUAUUACAGAAAUAAUACGAUCAAGUGGUCCUCUCGGUGGGAUUACAUUCUCGAGUCUAUGCCUCAUACCAAUAUUCAGUGGUUUAGUAUUCUUAAUUCCUUGGUUAUCGUCUUGUUCCUGUCUGGAAUGGUUGCUAUGAUUAUGCUUAGGACUCUGCAUAAGGAUAUUGCUAGGUACAAUCAGGCCUACUUUCAGAUUGAAUCCGGGGAAGACGCACAGGAGGAAUUCGGAUGGAAAUUGGUUCACGGAGAUGUAUUUCGUCCACCCAGGAAGGGAAUGCUGCUCUCGGUGUUACUUGGCUCUGGUGUACAAGUAUUUUGCAUGACGUUAGUUACACUGGCAUUUGCAUGCUUGGGAUUCCUCUCCCCGGCAAAUCGAGGUGCUCUUAUGACCUGCGCUAUGAUCCUCUAUGUCUGCCUUGGAACACCAGCUGGUUACGUUUCUGCGCGAAUAUACAAAAGCUUCGGUGGAGAAAAAUGGAAAUCCAAUGUUUUGCUGACAGCUAUGCUGAGUCCAGGUAUUGUCUUCAGUUUAUUCUUCAUUCUCAAUCUGGUAUUGUGGAGCAAAGGAAGUUCUGCAGCUGUACCUUUCAGCACACUAGUGGCUCUUCUUGCUCUCUGGAUUGGAGUUUCUGUGCCAUUGACAUUUAUUGGAGCGUAUUUUGGAUUCAGAAAACGCGCGCUGGAGCACCCUGUGAGGACGAAUCAAAUUCCUCGACAAAUUCCCGAGCAAAGUUUUUACACACAGGCAAUACCUGGAGUUGUCAUGGGUGGAGUACUACCCUUUGGAUGUGUUUUUAUUCAACUCUUUUUUAUUCUAAAUUCCCUGUGGUCAAGUCAAAUGUAUUACAUGUUUGGAUUUCUGUUUCUCGUAUUCCUUAUACUCGUCAUCACGUGUUCGAAAACGACAAUAUUACUUUGCUACUUCCAUUUGUGUGCUGAGGAUUAUCACUGGUGGUGGAGGAGUUUCUUGACGUCUGGCUUCACUGCUGUUUAUUUAUUAAUAUACUGCAUACACUUCUUCGUGACAAAAUUAAAUAUUGAAGAUGCAGCUUCGACAUUCUUGUAUUUUGGCUAUACACUCAUCAUGGUAUUCUUGUUCUUCCUUCUUACAGGUACAAUUGGCUUCUUCGCUUGCUUCUGGUUCGUCCGAAAGAUCUACAGUGUUGUAAAAGUCGACUGAAAAUUGUAUCAUCAAAUAUAAAAAAAUGAAGAGAUAAAACUAAAAGUUCUCAUUCAGCAUUGAGAUGACAUUUUAAUCAAUAUUUUCAAGAUUAAAAUACAAUCUACCGUCUCGAUUCAGUGAAUGCGAUGAUUACAUCACGAUAAUUUUCAAUUAAUAAUAAUAGGCCUCAACUUAAAUUCCCUUUCUCUCACAAAAUGAACAGAAAAUAAACGCUGGUGAAUGUCGAAUGAUCUCUCAGUUCCACUCAAAACAAAUAAAUAUGUACAAAUUGGCCAUUAAUUCAAGUAUCCACCCCAUUCUAUACAUCACCAAAACAAGGUUUCCAUUAUUUCCUCGUAUUGUGUUUAUUUUUCAAAUACACCUGUUCGUGACAUUGAAACGUUUGCCCUACUUUUAGCAAAACAAAAACACUAUAUAUUAUGAUAAUGCACAUUCAAUAGUUGGUCGACUUUUGUAAAUUAAUGAAACAAAUAACCACUGUAUUGUGGUAGGAAUAAGAGUGUGAAUAAUAUAAAUAAAAAGCUAUUUGAUAAGUUA